CAUUAAUUUGAAUGUAAAAUUGGUCUAAUGCACCAAAGUUUUUAAUUUGAAUAUGGUCUGCGUACCAUCAAAUAGUUGUAAUUAGUUUAAAUUAUAGCUUAUCCUAUUUGAAAAAAAUGGCGCCUCCCAUGGUGAAAUUCAAGACGGAGUUUCCAAUCCAUUCUCAAGACGGAGUUUGAAGUUGAAGCUUCAAGAUGAAGUCGGGCCAUACUAGAUCACAUUUAUAUCUUAUGCAUGCUUUAAGUUAUUUAUUGCUUUAAAUAUGUCUUAAUUAUGCAUGAGAUUAUGGCUUGAUUAUGUUGCAUGAUUAAGGAUUUUAGUUCACUUAAAAUCUAACCAACAUAGUAAGAGCCUUAAGUUCCAAACUUUAAAAUUGAGUUAAAAGGUGCCAUGCCAAAAUAACACUUACUUGGAUAACCUUUACAUCAAUCUUAGUAAUAGUUUUCCGCCAUAGCGAGGUGUUACUUAUUGAUCCUAAAUGGGUAAGGUACACAAAUAAUUGUGAGUACAUGUUAGUUUUGGUUAAACUCAAUGAUAUAAGUAAGGAGUCCUUUUAUGUCGUGGCAAAACAUAUAGGUUUACCUAAUAAGACCUUAGACGUACCUAUCAACCAAGAGUAGUUUCUAGAUUAUUAGCAAAAGGCUUUGCUUACCUAAAAUAUUUUAGAAUUGAGUCUAAAUCAUAAUGUGCUUAAUUCUUCAAUGAUUUAAGGAUCUUGGAAUCAUUUUAUUCACACCUACCGGAACACAUAACUUGAAUAAAAUGCUUAAUAAACAUUGAGUUAUGCAUGCAUGCUAGAAUUUUUUAAGUUUAUUAAGAGAAACUGUGAAUGGUUAUUUAUUUGUUUAUUCUUUUUUAAUUGUAGUUUUGACUAUGGAAAACAACAAUUCUUUCAACAUCCGAUCAAUUCUCGAAAAGGAGAAGUUGAGCGGGAAAAACUUCCUUGACUGGCAAAGGAACUUGCAAAUAGUUCUUAUGCAGGAAGAAAAAGAGUAUGUCCUGGAAGAGGCGAUGCCCGAAGCCGCUGGCGAUGGGGUCAAUCAGGCUGCCCUCAAUCGUUGGAUUGAUGCCAACAAGGAUGUAAAAUGUCUAAUGCUUGAAACCAUGAGUGCAGAUCUACAGAAAACGUUAAUCAACUCAGAUGCUUUCACGAUCAUCAGUGAGUUAAAGAACAUGUUCCAAGAUCUGGCUCGAGUCGAAAGAUUCAAAACUCAUAGGCAAAUUCUUGAGACCAAGGUUAGAAAGGCGAGCCCGUAAGUCCAAAUGUUCUCAAAAUGAUUGGACUCAUUGAGAAUACGAGUCGGCUGGAUCAGCAGUGAAGGAAAUAAUGCCCUUGGUCCAAGUAUGCAUUUAAUGAUAAGUCUAAUAAAUGCGGUUCAUUAUUAAUUAACAAGUUAAUAAUUCAGUGAGAUCAAGUGAGCUGAAUGCCUAGCUAGAGGCCGCUUCAGUUCAAGUGGAAUUAAUGAUAUUAAUCCACAACUAACUCUUGACUGAACCCAUAGGGUCACACAAAUAGUACGUAAAUAGAUCAAGUAUUUAAUGGCAUUAAAUACUCCAUCUAUGGAUAUUCGGAAUCGACGGAUCUUGGUUUCAGUGGGAGCUGAGAUCGUCAAAGGCAAGUAAAUGAAUACUCCGGAAACGAUGAUAUUGCCGGAAACAGAAAUAUGGAUCGUAUCGGAAAUAUAAAUAUUAUCCCAGUCGUAGAUGUUGCCGGAAACGGAAACAUGGUACGUAUCGGAAAAUAUUAUCGGAAAUGGAAAUAUUACCGGAAUCGGAAAUAUUGCCGGAAACGGAAAUAUUGUCAGAAUCGGAAAUAUUAUCGGAAUCGGAAAAUAAUUCCGGAAACGGAAAUAUUAAAUAUUUGUUCGAAACGGAAAUUAAUUCCGGAAUCGGAAAUGUGAAUCGUAUCGGAAAAUGAAUUCCGGAAUCGGGAAUUUAAUCGGAAGCGUAUCGUACGAAUUAGCAUUGGACGAGGCUUGCUAGACGAAGGCCCAGCACGAAGCCAAGCCGUCGCCCAGCAAGCCAAACGCAUCCAACAACACGCCAAGGCCUCGACCAGGCCCAGCGCAAGGCCAGGCCCAACCAAGGCUUGGCGCGCGCGCUCAGCGAUGGGCUGCGAGCAGUGGGCCUCAGCGCUGUGCGCUCAGCGUGGGCCGCGAGGCUUGCGCAUGGGCGUGCGGUGCUCGGGCGCUAAGUGUGUGCGUGCUAUACGAAUCCUAAAGCUAUCGGAAUUCGGGCAUUGAUUAAAUCCUAAUCCUAAAAGAUUAAAUUAAUUAUUUAGAGUUCUAAAAGGAUUCUAAUUAAUUAGUUAUUAUUCUAACAGGAUUCGAAAUCCUUUCCAAGGUUCUAUAAAUAUAUGCCUAGGGUCAUAAAUUUAUACACGAGUUUUUCAACAAGUAUUCAUACAAUAAAACAGUGAUUUUAUAGUAGAAAAAUCAGUCACAUUCUUGCCUAUAAUUAGCCGAAAAUUAUAGUACCUUAAGGGCGAUUCUAGUUGGUCAAUCUUAAGGCGGAUCCGACGUGCUGUGGACUAUCUACGGAGGGACGACACUUGGAGUCCUAAAGACUUGUUCUUGUUCGGUUCAGGCGCAGCUAGGGAGGGCACGCUACAAAGUGUAUGCACCUAAAUUAUGCUAACUGAUUAUGUGUAAAUAAUAUGUUUCCUGGUAUUAAGGUUUUUCCGCAUGAUUUAUGUUUUGUCAUAUGUAUCAUAACCUAACAAGUAGUUCUCUCAGGAAAUGGCUGUAGACACCAUCCUCCAUUCUCUUCAUAGCGGGUAUGAUCAGUUCAAGCUGAACUACAGUAUGAAUAGUCUGGACAAAACGCUCACCGAGCUUCACGGUAUGCUGAAAACCGCUGAAAAGACGCUCAAAAGUGAUAAGCAAGAUGUGCUUAUGGUGCGUGGGGGCAAGUUCAAGAAAUCUGGUAAGAAGAGGAAUGCUAAGAAAGGUGGCAAGAAGGCCAGCCCAGCUAAGCAAGCUGGCGACACCAAGUUUGAAAAGAAGAAGGUGAGCCAACCCACUUUUGAAUCUGAAUGCUUCUACUGCAAGAAGAAGGGGCAUUGGAAGAGAAAUUGCUUUAAGCUUAAGGAAGAUAAAAAGAACGGAACAGUCGUUCCAUCUUCAGGGACUAAGAAGAAGUAGAAGGUUAAGCAAGGGUGAAGUCGACCUACGAGUGGGAAAUGGAGCACGGAUUGCUGCAUUAGCUGUAGGAACUUAUUAUUUGUCGUUGCCCUCUGGGCUAGUUUUGGAAUUGGAAGAGUGUUUCCAUGUUCCAAGUCUUACUAAAAACAUCAUUUCUAUUUCUUGCUUAGAUGCUAAGGGAUUUUCCUUUUUAAUAAA